CCAUCUAAGUUAUUGGUUUUUAUUGUUUUAGCCAUGGAUUUCAACAAGCCAAGAACCAUUACCCAGACUGUACCUUCUUUGAAGUUAUCUAAUGGAUACAUUCUGCCAGAGGGCAGACUGACCCCCAACGCCCUUUUUGUGGGUGGGAUCGACAUGAAGGUGGAUGAAAAUGAAAUGCGUGACUUCUUUACAAGAUAUGGCAAUGUCAAGGAAGUAAAAAUAAUCACGUACCGUGGAGGGGUUUGCAAAGGGUACGGGUUUGUGUAUUUCAAUGAAGAUGUCAACAUUCAGUCAAUCAUUGAGCAACAGAUCAGUUUUAAAGGGCGGAAACUUAAGCUGGGCCCUGCAAUCAUGAAGCAACGGAGUCCACGAUCCAUACCAUCCCGUCUGGUUGGUUCCACUCCUUGGAUGAGUCCUAGCCAAUAUAUCUACUGUGCAUGUUGCUCACCAAUGGGAGGAGGGGUUACACAGCCCUCACCUGUCUACAGCGGAGGCAACCCGUACAAUCAGCCGUACUCCUACAGCAGCUUCAGCGGGGUGAUGGUUCCACAGAUGCCGAUGAGCUACGCACAGAAUCCCUACCCCUACCAGUACACCCCAGCUCCCUGGACCCCAGACCAAAGGACUCGGCCUGUCAAUCAGAGCUUUGUGGAUUGUGGAGUCCAGACUAUGUUGACUGUGCUGUAGUUGAAAGCUACUGAGCUUUCUGCAAGACGCAGACUGCAGUAGCUUCAACAAGUCAAGAUGUGGACAUCUUGGCAUUCUGGACGUCUGAAAGCAUCCAGACUCCCCAGAUUGUUUUCAGAACGCCCUCGUCUCUCCCGUCAAUGUUUUUUCAGAGCCGUUUUAACACCAGACUUCUUGAGCUUUCAACGUAAACCGAACCACUCCGCUCCAAGUCACUUGAACCAAAAUCGGUGAGGUUGACCUGUGGUCGGCUGCUUUUAAAUCACACAG